AUGGCUUCUUCCCGCGGCUCGUCCCUACGCCGAAUCUCUCUCCUCUCCUUACUCUUCGUGUACUUCCCCAUCAUCACCACCUAUUCCUAUUCUGUCUUUGGAGUCAACGCGAAGCCCAUCGACCUUCCGUUGUCGACGUCAAGUUCGCAACUGAGCAAACGCACUGCACGUACUACGGCUCCCGCUGGGGCCCUCGUUGUAAGUAAAUCCCCUGCAAGUGGGCAGUAUAGCACUGUACAGGCGGCGGUGGACGCGCUUCCGGAUGAUGGAUCGACGCAGGUUAUUUUCAUCGAGACGGGAACAUACGACGAACAAGUGUAUAUUGACAGGAGCGGAAUGUUGACGAUCCUCGGCGAAACCGCCAACACCGCCAACUACGCCUCCAACGUCGUCACUAUCACUAACUCGCUCUCAGCCACCGCUGCCGGAUCGGACGACGCGAGCGGAACCUUGAGGGUACAUAAAGAUGAUUUCGCGCUAUAUAAUAUCAACGUGAAGAAUACUUUCGGACAAGGUUCACAGGCACUUGCGCUUAGCGCGUAUGGAACGAACCAUGGGUAUUACGGUGUGGGAUUUUACAGCUAUCAAGACACCGUUUUAGCCGAACAGGGUGCCCAAUACUACGGUUAUUGCUACAUCGAAGGCGCGGUAGACUUCAUCUUUGGUCAACACGGGUUCGCGUUCUUCCAGAGAAGCACCAUUGCGUCCGUUGGUCCUGGAACGAUUACUGCUGACGGACCGAGUGAAAAAGGAGAUGGGCUUUUCGUCAUCAAUGAAUCGACAAUCGAACAAAGCGCUGCUGCGACUGAAGAUUUGACCGGGCUGGUUUAUUUGGGGAGACCGUGGACUGAAUAUGCUACGUAUGUUUUCGUUGCCUUCACCUCCUGUACCCUCGGCUCCGUCAUCAACAGUGCCGGCUGGGAAAUAUGGUCCACCUCCGAACCGAACACAGAGGAUGUUACAUUUGCGGAAUAUGACAAUGGCGCCGGCUCCGUUGGAACCCGUGCCUCUUUCGCGACGAAACUGACGUCGAAUGCUGGGUAUACCGCUGCGGCUGUUUUGGGGAGUAGUUGGACAUCCUGGGUUGAUCAGGGGUAUGUUGAUCAGUAA